AUGACGGUCUUUUCAUCAAUUCUCAAGACCGAAGGCACAAAGAUUGUCGACGCCUCCGGAAAGCAGGUCAUCCUCAAGGGUGCCGGCCUCGGCGGCGUCCUCAACAUGGAGAACUUCAUCACCGGCUACUCCGGCCACGAAACCGAGCACAAGCAGGCGAUCGAGGAAGUUCUCGGCAAGGAAAAGACCGACUUCUUCUUUGACCGAUUUUACGACUACUUCUGGACCGAAGCCGACGCCGAGUUCUACGCCGGCAUGGGUCUCAACACUCUCCGCAUUCCCUUCAACUACCGCCACUUCUUCGACGACGACGCGCCCAGCGUCAUCAAGCCCUCCGGUUUCGCGCUCCUUGACCGCAUGGUUAAGCGGUGCGCAAAGUACGGAAUCUACGUCGUGCUCGACCUGCACGCCGUCCCCGGUGGUCAGAACCAGGACUGGCACUCCGACAGCGCGAUCCAUCAGGCCUUGUUCUGGGUCCACAAGGACUUCCAGGACCGCGUCGUCAACCUCUGGGUUGAGAUUGCAAAGCACUACAAGGGUGACGUGCGCAUCGCCGGAUAUAACCCGGUGAACGAGCCUGCUGACCCCGAGCACACCCGUCUCUGGGCCUUCUACGUCAGAGUCGAGAAGGCUAUCCGCGAAGUCGACCCCGACCACAUCCUCUUCCUGGACGGAAACACCUACGCCGGCGACUUCUCCCACUUUGGCAAGCCUCUUCCCAACACCGUCUACGCCAUCCACGACUACGCCUUGUUUGGAUUCCCCGGCUUUGAGCAGUACGAGAACAAGCCAGAGCAGUACGCCAAGCUUGUCCGCCAGUUCGAGCGCAAGGUCAAGGUUGCCAACGAGGCCAACGUCCCCGUCUGGAACGGAGAGUUCGGCCCGGUCUACGAGCCCGAGACCGUCUACCCCGGCGCGCCCGCCGACAUCGACGUCAAGGAGAACGCGGCCACUAACGUGAAGCGAUACAACAUGCUCGCGGCCCAGCUCAAGAUCUACAAGGAGAGCAGCGUGUCGUGGUCGAUCUGGACGUACAAGGACGUCGGCAUCCAGGGCCUUGUCUCUGUCUCGCCUGAUUCGCCCUGGUACAAGAAGUUCGGCGACUUCAUCGAGAAGAAGAAGCGUCUCGGCGCCGACUUUUGGGGCGCGCACCCCGACCCGUCCUCCGACGCUCUCUACGACGCCCUGGCCGAGCACUUCAAGAAGGAGAUCCCCGAGAAGUUCCACAAGAAGAUGUACCCGCCCCUGUGGGACAUCAAGCGCCAGAUCACCAGAGUUUCGCGCGAGAUUGUGCUCUCUUCGUACUUGUGCUACGAGUACGCCGAUCUCUUCACCGGAUUGACCGAGCCUGAGCUUGAUGAGCUGGCAAAGUCGUUCUGCAUCGAGAACUGUGUCAAGAGAGAUUUGUUGAACAAGUUCUUGGCUGAGGACGCUGCUUCCGCGUAA